GCCCUAAUUUUCUUAGAAUUAGGGUAGCCUAGAGACCAUAGAACGAAGAAACUCCUUUGAUUAAGAAGGUGGGGAAGUUAUAAUUAUAUUUGAGGCUAAUCAACGCCCAAAAAAGAGAUUAAGGGGAUCUGUCCGCAUGACAAAUUAUACUGAAGAUGAAGAAGAUACAGAGGAUGAAAAUUAUGAAGAGUUGGUGGAUCAAGAGUCGGAUCAGCUCAGUAGUUUAAAUAUAAAAAUUUCAGAAUAUGAGGAUUAUCUGUAUUAUCUGGAGAACCUGAGAGAGCAGAUACUGAAGGAAACAGAAGGCAUUUCAUCUGAGUCAUUAGGUACUGGUUCCUUCACGCUUGAGAGUAAGUGGGAGUGUGAUGCUUCUAGUCUUGUCAUUCAUGAAGAUAAUCAUAUGGCUUUGGAAGAUUCUGAAGGAGAUGACGAUGCAAAAUCUUGUUUUCCGUGCCCUUUCUGUUAUGUGGAUGUUGAAGUCCCAAUGCUCUGCAACCACUUGGAGGAAGAACACUGCUUUGACUUUAAAAAUGCAGUACGUGCUUUUCUUUACCAGAUAUUUUGUUGUUUAGAAUUUGAACCUGAUGGCUGCGAUGUAGUUGGACAUUUUAUGGUGCACCAUGCAAGCUCCUUCAAGCACAGGAGAAAAUCUCAAAAAACGGGUUUGUGGACUGGUAGUUCAGCAAUGCUUGGAAAGGCGCUGCUGAAGAAUGGAAGGGCAUCUGCACAUGAAUCUGCACCUGAUCCUCUCCUCUCACCAUUUAUCUGCAAUAUAUCUUUUUCAGACCCUACUGGUAUUCCAGAAGAUAUUUGUUCUGAUAUCAAUGCCCCUAUCACUUCCAGCUUGAAAAGCGCUAAGUCAUCUUCACCAGAUGAAGGCUGUGAAAAGGAUAAAGAAGAGCGAAGGCAGAGAGCGGCUUUUGUGCAACAGUUGAUUACAUCAACCGUAUUCUUGGAUCUAUGAAUUCUUCAGAGCACUAAAUUUUCUGGAAAAAGCAGAAGACUGAUCUUAACUUGGUCACCAAGAUCAUGCAGUAUACACAGUGGGGAAUGGUUUUAGGAAGUCAACCGUUUCUAUAUUAGGUAAGAUAUAGAGUAAUUGUCUUUGGAUGGGGACAAUUAGGGAAAUAUGUAUACAUUGUGUACAAUCUAUCCUUAUGUCUAUUUAUAGCAACAGCCUGUUUCAAAGGCUGACUUUCCGUAAUGAGUAAGGCUUAGCGGAUAAA